AUGUCGUCCAACUUUGCGUUCGACGCCGCGGGAAAGGUUGUCGUCGUCACCGGUGGUGGUCGCGGCAUCGGCGCGGGCAUCGUCGACGCGUUCGCGCGACAACACGGCGCGAAGCGCGUGUACUCGGUGUCGAGGUCGACGGAGGACACCGUUUUGAAGCCUUCGACGGCGAGCGGGGGCGAGAUCGUUGGCGUCUCGGCCGAUUUGAGCACGCCCGAUGGCGCGGCAAAAGUUGCGUCGACGAUCGCCGCGCGCGGAGACGAUCUCGUGCACGUGUUGGUGCAUAACAGCGGCGCGAGUUGGGGAGCCGAGUUGGAAAGCCACGACGACAAAGGCUUCGUGAAGACGUACCAACUAAACGUCAUGGGGACGUGGCGAUUGACUGUUGCGCUCUUGCCCCAUCUCAUGAAAGCGGGCACACCGCAAGAUCCCGCGCGCGUCAUCGUCAUAGGUUCCAUAGCCGGCAUCCGGCCGCAAAAGUAUCCGACGUUUUCGUACGACGCGAGUAAAGCGGCUUUGCACCAUCUGGCGCUCAAACUCGCGGACGAGUUCGCACGCAAGCGCGCUCUCGAUAUCACCGUGAAUGUCGUCGCUCCUGGAUACAUACCCACCAAAAUGAGCGCCGGUCUCACGAAAUAUGGUGAAUCGAGCGACGACAUCGUCGCCUCCAGCGUCCCGCUCCGCCGCGCGGGCGCGCCGGCGGACGUCGCGGGCGCCGUGGCGUUUCUCUCAAGCGACGCCGCGGCCUGGAUCACGGGUGUGGUCUUGCCCGUCGACGGCGGUUUCCUCGCCAAGCUGUAG